AUCUGAUUCAUUAAAUGUGUCUAAUUUGGUUAAACUGGCAGGUAUGAAGCUACAUUUAUCAACAACAUUGUUGAUGGAAUCUUAAGCCAAGUACUGAGACGCACAUAUUGGAAUGUGGCCAAGCACCCAGUUGGAAUUCAGUCUCAUGUACAAGAUGUGAAAAAGCUUUUAGAUGUUGAUGGGAAUGGUCGUCGCAUGAUUGGGAUAUGGGGGACAUCUGGAAUAGGCAAGACAACAAUUGCAAAAGCUAUAUGGAAUGCAAUUGCCCAUGAGUUUGAAGGAACUUGUUUCUUUGAAAAUGUUAGGGAAAAUUCGCCACAUGGAGGCCUAAUCCAGCUACAGAAGACUCUUCUUGAUAAGUAUCUAGGCAAAAAGUUGAAAAUUCAGAGUGUUGAUGAAGGAAUCGGUGUUAUAAAAGAACAGCUGAGGCAUAAAAAGAUUCUCUUAAUUCUUGAUGAUGUGAAUCAGUUGGACCAAUUAGACAACUUGGCUGGAGUUGGUUGGUUUGGUGAGGGUAGCAGAGUCAUCAUAACUACACAAGAUAGCGGAUUGCUAAAAUGCCAUGGAAUUGAGUUGAUAUACGGGGUCCAUAAGGUAUUUGACUACCAAGCUCUUGAACUUUUCAGUUCGAAUGCCUUCGGAACAAAUGAACCUCCAAAUGAUUAUUUGGAACUCGCACAACGUGCAAUAGCUUUCGCUGAUGGCCUUCCACUAGCUCUAGCAAUUUUAGGUUCUCAUCUUCGUGGUAUAGAUAUACGAAGUUGGGAAGUUAUAUUAGAUGGUUAUGAAGGAGAACCUUAUACACAUAUUGAAGAGAAUACUUCAAAAAAGUUAUGAUGCCUUGGAUGAUAGCGCAAAAGAAUAUUUUCUCGACAUUGCAUGUUUCUUCAAGGGUGAAUAUGAGGACUAUGUGCUACAAAUGGUACCCAAAAGAUUCAUUGAAGAAUUCGUUGAUAAGGCAUUGAUAACUAUUGAAUGGAGUAAGAUUUUAAUGCACGACUUGCUAGCAAACCUGGUUAAGGAUAUAGUUCACAAAGAAUCCCCCAAUGAUCCUGGCCAGCAUAGUAGAUUGUGGUUUUACGAGGAUGUCAAACAAGUUCAAACAGA